AUGUCGUUGAAUGGGCUAGAUACUGCCGUGGUCAUUGAAGCCUACCAAAGUGCUCUGGCCGACGCGGGCGGGUGGUUUCUGCUGCAUUAUGUGGCCAGAGACGAAGUCGCCCUGCUCGAACGAGGAACAGGCGGGGUGCCCGAGAUUCGAAAUGCCAUCGACAAUUACGAGGAAUGCUCGCCGCUCUACGGCUUCCUCCAAUAUCGGCGCAGGAAAGUGAUCAUCCGUUAUAUGCCGGAGGGGUUAUCUCGCCUGAUACUAGCUCGAAGCAAUGUCCAAUUCACCUCCGUCACCGACAAGUUUACCCCGAACGAUACCGUGCUCCCUUUGUCUAAAGCCUCUGAUCUCACCGAAAGCGCCCUGUCGUCCGCAUGUCUCCUCCACACCGCUUCGACCUCGAUCACCUCCUCGUCGAGUUCCCUCCGCCGUCGUCGGCUGAUGGAAAUCACAGAGGAUGCAGAGGAAAAUGGUAACAAGGAUGAGGCCCCGCGGUCCAUGCAAACUGCCCAGAGAGCUCCCAUUGCGAGCCAUCAACGAUCAGAGAGCAUUCAAUCCGAAGCCACCAUAGUACCACCCCCUGAAGAAACACCACCGGAACUACAAUCGAUGUCACCAGAUAGCGACAGGGUUGUUGAAGAACCCGUUCCCCCACCAUCGCGGGCAAGCUCAAGAGCUCCGUCUCAUAUAACUCCCAAUGAGACCACGCUCCCACCAUCGCGGGCAAGCUCAAGGGCUCCGUCUCACAGAAGUCCCAGUGAAUCUCGCGAAAGCCCAAGUGAAUCAUCAUCGGCAGCACAGUCCCCCAAGUCAAGCGACCUCGAACGCUCCAGUUCCCGCUACCGCAACAUUCUCGAUGAAUUCCCCCGUCCGUCAGAGGCACGCAUGUCUACUCAAUCCGCGCGCCCUUCACUCCGAGAUCUGGAACGUGCUGCUGGAUUCACUCCCAAGGUCAAAUUGGGACCCCGGCCGUCUGUUGAUAGCAGUGGAAGACCCCGCACAGCAGGUAGCACUAGGAAUGCAGACCAGAGACCUGUCGCGUCGCUGCCUACAAAUAUGCGCUCUUCGUCCGUGCGGAAGCCCAACCCCGAUGCCCCUCGUCCUCGAUCUCAGGGAAGCACUUUCGCUGUCAAGCCUACUAGUCGUAUACCACCAGUCCCACCUUUGCUUGUUCCACCUCCGUCAAUUCCAAUUUCCAGGCCUCCGUUAUCUCCGGGUGCCAAGUCGCUAGGGGCUUUGUCUACUUCGUCUGGAUUGACCCCUGAGAAAGAGCGAUUGAUGAAGGCUUUACAGCAGAGGAAAAAGAACAUGGCUAAGCGGGCCGAGGAGACCAAAAAGAAGCAGCUGGUUUCAGAGGGAAAGAAGCCGGAGAAAGAGGUCCAAAAACUGGAAGAGAAUAAGGAGAAUCUUGCAGAUGCUCCUCAACUAGAGUUUGAAAGGUCUGGGACUGAAACGGUCCUGCAAGAUCAACCUGAGACUCCUGUGAAAGCAGCUCCCUCGGCUCCUGAACCUGUCCCUGAAGCUGUUCCUGACUCGAUGUCUGAGUCUACCCCUGAGCCGACGACUAUUGAGCCAACUAUUGAGUCAACUAUCGCGCCGUCUAUUGAGCCUGUCCCUGAGCCUGUCCCUGAGCCUGUCCCUGAACUGAUGCCCGAAUCUACCCCUGAGCCCACUGCUGAGCCUGUUGAAGCUAUCCCCGAGCCUGUUCUAGAAGCUGUGGAACCUUCUCCCGAAGCAGCCGUGGAGGCUAUUUCUGAGUCUAAUUCCCAGGAUCAGCCUGCCGCCAUUUCCGAAGUAGAGCAGACUUCCGAGUCUCUGGAGCAGUCUCAGCCAGAACCGACCGCUGAUGUUCCUGUGGCAGAGCCCGAGGUUAGCCCAGCUUCGCCUGUCGCGUCUGUCCUUGAUACUACAAAUUCUGAGCGCGUUACUACACCCAUUGAGACUGUUCAGGCCGAAACACCGCAGACACCCCCUGAAGCUGAAACGCGCCUUGAGGACUCCGCAAUCCCUGAUCUUGCCCCACCUAGCAAUGUCGACGUCCCACUUCAAAUUGAAUCCUCCGAGGCCCCAGAACCGGAAUCUGAGGACCCCCAAUCCCAAUUCCAGUCUUCUAUUCCACCCGUGGCAGAUUCGCCGGACACAUCUGUGCCUCCAGUUGAAUCUGAUCCCGUUCCUGUCACUCCCUUUAUCACCCCUCCCGAAAGCGCCGACAACGAGCUUCCGGUCGCGUCCGUGUCUGUCUCUGUCGAGCCUAGUCCGAUAGACGAAGUCGCCCCUGAGUAUUCCCCUGCCCAAAAGGCCGAGCCUCUUCCCUUGGAUCAGAGGCGGCGGGUCCACUUGGAGCCUAUUCAAGUACCCACCCCAGAGUACUCUGACGACGACAAUCUCCUUUCUGACGAUUCCUUCAUGGAGGAGCUGACAUCAGCCACUGUUCAGGAGGCAAGACCGGUUUCUGUCAAGUCCCCUAACGGUGGUGACCAUGGUUGGAGAAGCUCUCGUGCUGUCUCGAGCCCGUACUCUGCCGCGUCCCCCUCCGCCAUGCACGCACUGGCAGUAGGAAGAUCGGUUUCUAGCUCUUACAAUGAGAAUGGUCCCCCUACACCGGUACUCAUGGCCAAGAAGAUCAAUGUCUCCUCCGGAAUUUCCAGUCGUAUCAAAGCUCUAGAGAAGUUCUCGAGCCGGGAAGGCACUCCCAUGGGCUCGAAUCCGCCCGUGCCUGGACCGUCGGCUGCCUCAUCUUUUGAGAACCUUCGCAAGCGCGCCUCCAUAUCGCUGCCCAGCGGAACCGAUGCCAUCCCGCCAACCAUGCAUUCCGCUCACCCGCAAGACUUUAGCCGCCCGCCGAGCGUGAGCCGCCAUGACCCUCGACGUAUGUCUGUGGAUGCCACGCGCCGCACAAACUCAAUCUCUGUAACGGCCCGCAUUGUGCGUGAUACAGAUAUCUCCCCGGGCUCAUCUGGAGUCGAGCCCUCGGAGUCUGAUGUUCUUGGCCUCCACGCCAGCCCACUGACUGUGGAGCACGAGAUGGCCGAUGAGCCUGUGUCAUCCCAGGCAUCGACCGCCUCGGCCUCUCGUCCUGAGGACCGAAGCAUGUCAAUGUCAUCCACCGGGUCUGGUCGACCACCUUCAUCCCGCCCCGGAAGCCGACUCUCUAUAUCGUCUCGCCCAAGGACUAGCGAACCUGCCCAAUCUGGAUCCCCCACCUCCGAGGACAAGAAGGCAUCCCGCGCCUCACGCCUCAUGCGCCGUAUGUCCUCCAUUACAUCUACUUCUCGUCGUAGCAUCAUUGGUGCCCUAAGCUCAUCAGUCAAAGAAGAAGAGUACGCUCCCACAUUUGGAAACAGCUCCAGCGAGGCCCCGAAAUCCACCACUUCUCAUACUUCCGAGCCUAUCGAUAUCGGCGAAGUCAACGUCCAGUUCCCAGACACUCUACUUUGGAAGCGACGAGUCAUGCGCAUCGACGAGAACGGGUUCGUCGUUCUCACUCCCGGCACCAACGACGCCGCCACCCGCAACAUGACCAAACGCUAUCAUCUCACCGAGUUCCGGAGACCUUGUUUGCCCGAUGAAGAUAUGCAAGAACUGCCCAAUAGCAUCCUGCUCGACUUUCUGGACGGAAAUACGCUCCAAUGUGCCUGUGAAUCGCGCCAAGGACAAGCCUCUACUUUGCAGACCCUCAUCGACGCCCACAGCGCCCACCAGCAAUAA